ACCGGCAGCCUCUCUCUCACACCCUCUCAGUCCCUUCCUGCUGCAUAACAACAGUCGCGAGUGGAUCGUAUAACACUGUAACCCAUUUCCACAGCUGUGUGGAGUUUUUACCGCAAAUAAAUGUAACAGAAUUCCUCAUUGACAGCGUCAAGCGUCAACUCCGUCACGGUCAGUCACAGCGGACGUCAGCGCAAACGGCAUUUCGCGCUUGAAGCGGCACACCGGUUGGGAGAUGGCUAGGCCAGAGCAGGUCCUGCUGCUAGAACCUCAGUACGAACUGAGAUUUCGAGGUCCAUUUACAGAUGUGGUGACCACCACCCUAAAACUUGCUAAUCCCACAGACAGAAAUGUGUGCUUCAAAGUAAAGACAACUGCACCGCGCCGAUACUGUGUGCGGCCAAACAGCGGAGUGAUUGAUGCUGGAACCUCGAUCAAUGUCUCGGUGAUGCUGCAGCCAUUCGACUAUGAUCCAAAUGAGAAAAGCAAACACAAGUUCAUGGUACAGUCACUUCUGGCUCCACCCGAUAUGACCGACACAGAGGGAGUGUGGAAGGACGCCAAGCCUGAGGAUCUGAUGGACUCCAAGCUGAGAUGCGUCUUUGAAAUGCCCACUGAAAAUGAGAAAACACAUGAAAUGGACAGCAAUAAGAUCUCCUCCAGUCUUUCAAAGUCAGAAUCGUCCACAUUGUCUAUGAAGUCCAUGACCAUGGCCUCUAGUCUGGAUGAUGGAGAGGUGAAGAAGAUCAUGGAGGAGUGUAAACGGCUGCAGAUGGAGGUGCAGAGGCUACGAGAAGAGAACAAACAGAUCAGACAGGAAGAUGAUGGACUGCGGAUGAGGAAGAGCACGGUGAUGUCCGCUCCGCACUCAUCCCAAGCGGUGAGAGUGAAGGAGGAGGGGCUGAGCAGCUGGGUGAUCGCGCUUAUCGUGCUGUUUUUUGUCAUUGGUGUCAUCGUAGGCAAGUUGGCCUUGUAAAAUCCAAGAGGCGAGCGCUACAAGCAUGCAUUGUGGAUGAAACAAAAACAAAACAGACAAGUAACCAAUGCAGAAUUCGUUUAAUCCAAUGCCAUAUCAUUUGGGUAGUUUUGGAUUAGCGAGGUGUGGAAAAUUAAUAAAGAGAUCAAGGAAUUUCAUCAAUGUUAUGUGCAAAGAAAAAAAAAAUCGUAAAAAAAAAAAAAGAAAAUCUGACCCAGUUCUUGCCUCAAAAUUGUGAAAUCAUUCUGGUCCUCUUCCUUAACCAUUUCUGAUGCAAUUUCAAAUGGAUUACAAAUGUCAUCGAUUUAAACCCCUAAAAGCCUCAUAGGGAUUUUCUAACAGUUGUACUAGAGUGAAUGUUGUUUUAUCACAUAUUUUGUUUUCUAUGGAGGUGAGAAACUGCAAAUUUAAUCUGCAUACAAAUGCUUGAAGACUUUGAAAAGUGUCACGUGCAUUUAAUUUAAUCAUACCCAAACCUCCUGCAUUAAAACUGCAGUUCAUUGACGUGUAAUAUAUUUUGAAUCAUUUUUCACCCCCUGAGAAGGUAAACAAUAGUAUCAUGCCUGUUGCUAAAAUAACAUGCAGUUUGUUUAUUCACUUCCAUUCAGUCCAACAGAUAUGUAUGAGUCCCAAAAGGUACUAUGAUUUAACAUACAUUUCCUCUGCAAAUCAGAUUUGAAUUUAUGCAAACAUAUAAUUUCACUUAGUUCUCACAGUCUCACUGUUUCAGGCAAUUUAAUGUGUUCACUUGCACUGAUACACUGAGAAUCAUUGUAGAAGGUUGAACGCACCACUUUCAGGAAAAGUUUUGGACACAACUACCACAGAUUCUUAAAAUUGUUUUUCCAGGUGCGAAAUGUGUUGACUUUUAAGGUUGUUUUUAACAUUUAAACAUCCUGAAUUGACUAUGAGGAAAUGGACUGUUAAUGACUGAUAUUUCAAACUGCUGUUAUUGGGGAAGUGUUGGUGAAACCAUUGGGUCGUUCACCUACCCAAGCGCACUUCUCUGUGAACUGCUCUUGUAACUGCUGUGUUAAGUUAGUAAUGUCUCUGAAACCAUUGCUUCCAGUGAAGCUUUGCACAGACAAGAGUUGCCUGUCAUCAGGAUCAAAUAGAUUCACACUUUUGCUAAGGUAUAUGUGCUUGAAUGCAUGGCUCUAUCAGAGCAAAAAAAUAAACCUUUAUAUUUUAUUAAGGUGAAAACUGCUUUUCAGCCCCUUUUAGCACACCCGAGUGUCCAUCUUGCUUUCUGUAGAUCUAAAUUAAUUUAUUGAUCAAGACGUUUUAUAAUAGUGCAGCUGCUACACGUAAUUUCUUAUGCACCUCGUUCAGAUGUUCUUGUACAUACCAACUAGUCAAAGGUUUCUCACCCUAUAAACUUUCCAGUUGAUGAUACCACAAUGAGAGUUGAGUUUACCAUCUAGCCCAAAAACACUAACCCCUUAUCAUUCUACCCUCCAAAAAAAAUGUACAAAGCAAAAUUUACUCACCCCUAUGUCAUUUUCACCCUGUAUGAUUUCCAUACUUCCGUGUAACAAAAGAUGUUAGGCAGAAUGUCCGAGUUGCAUUUUGCCAUGCAAUGAAAGUGGAUGGUGAUUUAAACUUUCAAGCUCCAAAAAGAGAAAACAAAAAACAUAAAAGUAGUUCAUAUGAUUCCUGCAGUAUAUUCCAAGUCUUCAGAAACCAUACGAUAGCUUUUUGUGAAGAAAAGAUGGAAAUUUAUGUUGUUGUUCACUGAUAAUCUUCCCCUCUGCCCUAGCUCUCAAAUCUCAUUUGCAGUCGCUUGUAUUCAAACUUAAUGUGUGGCAAUCAUUCAUGUAACGUGAGAAUAAAUGCCGUUUGGUGUCAAACCUGUAGUCUAAUGGCACCAUUUUUUAAUUCACAAGUGUGAAUGAGAUUUGUGAGCUACAGCAGAGGGGAAGAUUAUCAGUGAAUAACGUCUUAAAUUUCUGUUUGUUCAACACAAAGAAGUAUUGUAUGACUUUAGACGACUAGACCGUUGAAGAAAAUAGAACAUAGAAGUUGUUCUGAAUACUUUUAUGAUACUUUUAUGCUGCUUUUGGUUGUUUUUGGAGAUCCUUGUAUGAAAAAGAGCUGCUCUUACAUUAUGCCUAACAUCUUUCGUGUUGCACAGAAGAAAGGAAUUGUACAGAGUUGGAACAGCAUGAGGGUUGAGUUAAUGAUGACAAGUUCAUUUUGGGUGAACUAUUUCUUUGAAAACUUAAACACUCGUGCCCUGGAGGUCUUUUGUGAGUAUUGCAUCUCUUGUACUCUAGCCAUGCCGAACUACACCUCAUUUUCCUACAAAUGCAUGGCUUCAGUAUGCCUUGUCGGUUGUCUGACUGGUUUAUCUCGCAGCAUAAGGCUUUAAAAACACUCCUGACGUUUUGCUGAGCCCUCUGUUUCUUUCCUGUCCUCUGAUGUUGAAUUUAGUUGUUUUGUUUUGAUUUAAUUUAUGAAUAAAGCUUUUAUUGCACAAAAGUGUUUAUAUUAAGAAAUGCACUACAUUAUAAAGAAUGUCAUCUUCCCAUUCAGCGGUCUGAUCACUUCUUUUGCAGUAUGUGAAAUAGCAGAAAUGACAUCAGUAAAGAGACUUCCUACAGGGGACCAUUUUGUGACCUGAUGUGUAUCCUGUCAUAGUUUGGUGUUGUAGGAGAUGUCUUUUACUUUAAUGUUAUUAACCCCUCCCCCCCCCCACCGAAAAGCUUUGAUUUCAGUUGAUCAUCUUAUUGCUGAUAUUGAAUUUCUAAGAACAGAGAAUAAAGAGACAGUUCACUUAAAAAUGAAAAUUGACAUAAUUUAUUCAACCUCAUGAUGUUCCAAACCUGUAUGACUUUUUUUUCUGUGGCUCACAAAAGAUGUUGAUUGACAGCCUCAGUCACCAAUCACUUUCAUUGUAUGGAAAAACACCAAAAAAGAAAAAAAAGAUGAAUGGUGGCUGAGACUAACAUUCUGCAUAAACAUCUCCUUUUCUGUUCUACGGAAGGAAGUCAUACUGGUUUGGAACAAAACCAUUGGUAAAUAAAUGAUGACAAUUUACAUUUUUGGCUGAACUCUCCCUACUAUAAAUAUUGUCAAAUGGCUGAACCUUGCUUUGUAAGUAACUUUAGGAGAUGUUCAGGGUAUAGUGAUUUUUGGACUGCAGUUUAUGUAUACCAUGGGGUAUGAUUGCCAUGGAGAGGGAGGGCUUUGGGGGCCUAUCAGCCAAUCAGCUGCCUCAUAAUUAUACUUACAAAAGAAAAAGGUUAUUAUAGUGCCCCGAACCUUCAUAUAUGAUGUAAACAUGAAGGUGACCAUUUUGUAUGAAUAUAAAUAAAUGAGUCUAAGAUGAAAAUUAAGGUUGAUAUUCCUAGUCGAGUAGUCUUUAAUGGUAUAUAAAGAAACCCCAACUUUGUUGGACUAUGUAGCAUCUUAAUCAAUUAAAUCAAUAAAGCCCCAUACCAAAA